CUUGUUGACCCUAUCGGCUGUGCUUCCUUCUCUCACUGAUUACGUUGACACCAGCAAAUCUAUGUCAUGUUGUCCUAAGCUUAUAGUGAUUUUAUUCUUCUUCUCUCUAUAUCUAGUAGCGGUUGCACAAGGAGGACACAAGCCCUGCAUUCAGGCUUUUGGAGCCGAUCAAUUUGAUGGAGAAGAUCCAGAGGAGCGGAAUGCCAAAAGCUCAUUCUUUAAUUGGUGGUUUCUUGGAGUAUGUGGGAGUUCCGCGGUAGCAGUUUUGGCCUUAAGUUAUAUACAAGACAACCUUAGUUGGGGCCUAGGAUUCGGAAUCCCUUGCAUUUUGAUGAUAAUUGCACUGGUUAUCUUCUUGCUUGGAACUAGGACUUACAGGUACUGUAUCAAAAGGAAUGAGACAAGCACAUUUGUGAGAAUUGGUGGAGUGUUUGUUGCCGCAAUUAGGAAUUGUCAUACUACCCGUUCGGCAAUAGCUAUUGAAGAGGAAGCUUGUGGAACGUCACACCAUAGCUCUGAACAAUUCAAGUUUCUUAACAAAGCCUUGUUGUCUGUAGACCGUCAUAAAGAAGAAGGUAAGGUUUGUACUAUUAGUGAGGUUGAAGAAGCAAAGGCAGUGCUUAGGCUUUUUCCAAUAUGGGCUACGAGCUUGGUAUACGCAAUAGUAUAUGCACAGCACUCAACUUUUUUUACCGAACAAGGGGCUACCCUAGACAGAACACUUUUUCCUGGCUUUAAGAUACCAGCAGCUUCAUUACAAUUCUUUAUUAGCCUAGCCAUUGUUCUUUUCAUUCCUAUAUAUGACCUUAUUUUUGUUCCUAUAGCAAGAGCUUUCACUGCUAAACCCUCUGGCAUCACAAUGCUACAGAGAAUUGGAAUUGGGAUGCUUUUAUCUGCAACUUGCAUGGUAGUUGCGGCUCUAGUUGAAAUAAAAAGGCUUAGUACUGCUAAAGAAUUUGGGUUGGUUGAUAAGCCAAAUGUGACUAUUCCAAUGAGUGUGUGGUGGUUGGUUCCUCAAUAUGUCUUGUCAGGAAUUGCUGAUGUUUUCACCUUGGUUGGUUUGCAAGAGUUCUUCUAUGAUCAAGUCCCAAUUGAAUUAAGGAGUGUGGGUAUUGCCCUUUAUCAAAGUAUUCUCGGUUUGGGCAGCUUAUUAAGCAGCCUCCUUGUCUCCAGGGUCAUUGAGGAAGCAACCGGUGGUUACGGUAGAUAUAGUUGGUUUUCUGAUAAUCUUAAUAGGGUACAUCUUGAUUACUUUUACUGGCUACUUGCUGGACUCAGUGUAGUAGCAUUCGGUGCUUACUUGUAUUUUGCUAAAUCUUACAUUUAUAAUAGGCCUGUAAAUAUAGUAUCAUUGUAAGUGAAGUUGUUGUAGCCAAAUAUAUGGAUGGGGAAGUACAUAA